AUAAAUAUUAAUUAAACAAAAAUGCACCAUAACGUAAUAAUUAAUAUACAUUGGAUAAUAAUAAUUUAAAUAAUAAUACUUAUUAAUAUAAUUCUAAUGUCGAUUGUGUGUUCUAAUGGUCAAGAGUUAUCAUUUGAAACUUCAACACUGAAUAGUAAAAUAAAAGAACAAACUCGACAUUUGGAUGAGCAGAAUGAAACAUAUGUCAAGGGAUCCCCGAAUACAUCUAAGUCACUCCACAUGAAUUCUUUUUAUGGAUUAUCAGACGUUCCUUCAUAUUACUGGCCUUUGAUUCCUCCUGCACAUCGAUGGCCAAGUAAGGAACUACCAAGUGUCUCUAAAAACCAAGACAUUUUUAAACAUAACAUAUAUUAUCCAUUGUCUUAUCAUCAUCAUUCGGGGGACAUGCCACAUUUUCCAAUUCAGUAUCUAUCCAAUCACGUACAACCAACCACCAGUUACAAUUCAUUUCACAAUAAUCCACCUUUUAAAAAUAAAAAUUCGCUUCCUUAUAAUAUCACUGAUGUAAAAAUGCCUAUACUUAAUAAAAAUAAGCACAGACAUCAUCCAGAAUCACCUACAUUCCAAAUCGUAAAAAAGAAUAUCAAGCUUGAUAGUUCGGAUUACAUAGAGAAAUUGGAAGAAAGUUAUAAUUUUAAUGACCCCGCUGAAGAAAAUUCAACUAAUACAUUUUUAGGGAUGAUUAUGCCAAUGAUGCAUCAGAGGGACCGAGAAUUCUCUAGAAAUGACUCUCUCAAACCGAAACUCGAAGCUAAAAAUGCCGAUAAUUUGGAAUACGAAGAAGGCGAGGACAAAGAGGGAGCUACGGCCGCUCAAGUGCAACCUAGAAGGAAAAAUGCAACUCGAGAAACGACUAGCGCGCUGAAAGCCUGGUUAAUCGACCACCGUAAAAAUCCUUAUCCUACCAAAGGUGAAAAAAUAAUGCUGGCCAUUAUCACCAAAAUGACCCUGACUCAAGUAUCCACUUGGUUCGCCAACGCCAGGCGCAGGCUGAAGAAGGAAAGUAAGGCUGUCCUAGUUUUUUGCGAUAAUGGCAAAAUUAUAAAUGAUUCUACCCCAAAUUCUGGAAAUUCUUCUCCAUUCAAAUCGCUUCUCGAUGAGAAUGAAGGCGAACUUGACCAAGAUGACGCCUCUUCUGACCAAAAUAGGGAGGAGGAUAAUUAUAAUCAGGAAGAUAUCUGGCAACAAUAUAAAGAUCUAGCUCUCAAAUAUUCUAACAGUUUUCAAAGUAUUACCACAACCACUAUCACGCAAAAGUAUGACUCUUCUAACACAAAAACUGAUAAUCAGUCUUCCCCAAUCACAGUGCAUUGUGAUAUCUCCUCCGAUAUCAAUCGUCGGCAAAUUUUUGAUGAAAAAGUUUCAAAAAAUAUUGAUAAAUGGAACCCUAAAAUAAUUAAUGAAUCUCAAUUUUUAAGAGAUACUUCAAUGUUGCAAAGACCAUUCUUUCCUAUGAGACAUUUAAUGCCUCCAACAUCACUUAGCUAUUGCUAUUAUCCGCCUUUCUAUCCACCAUAUUAUUUUCCGUGCUAUGACGGCUUUGCUUUACCUCUCAAUGCUAAAGAUUCCUUUACUCAAGCUACGAUCUUGGAUAAAUCCAAUGUAGACCUAACAUCGUCAUUUCCGCAUAUCCUGCACAAACACCACAGUUUUUAUAAAGAACAAACUAAAUACACAUCUAAGGAAAAUGACACACACAGUCUAAAUGAUUAUAAAAAUAAUAUGAAUGAACAAAUUAUUAAACCAAACGCAAGCUUUGGUGAGUUAACCUUCCAAAAUGAAAUUAACGAUAAAGAUACCAUUUCCAAAAAUAUAACAACAUAUGCGAAUUCCAGUAAUAAGAGAACACCCAAAAGAAGUUUUGACGACCACAAUAGCAAUAGUGAAAAUUGCACUAAGAAACUUAAAGGUGACACCAACCUACCACACAAAAUAAUGCCCUUAUUCCAGAAUUCUGAAAAUUCGAAAUCAGAUUCUUCAAUUGAACUUAAUAAUUCGUUCCUGGAUAAUUCGAAGGGAGAAAAAAAUUUCAAAAACGAAAACAUCAACAUUUUAAGCACGAAAAAAAAUAAAAUUUGGUCAAUGGCUGAAAUAAUUGAAUCCGAUGAUAAAUCCUAAUAAAAUAAAAAUGGUGCCACCUUUCGAUUUGUAUAAACAUAUCAUAUAAUAACUAUAAUAUUUAUAUAUGUUUCAUAAAUGAUAAAUUAUUAUAACAUUCCUGUCUAUAAAUUUAUCUG